CGGGACGACAUUCACGGGCCGGGGUCGUCCCACUCGUCAUUGACCGUGUGCAUCUUCGUCUUGACUGAUUUGGUUCGUUCAAGGCUGUUGUUUCUCGUUUGUCCCUUUUCAGCACACACUUCAAACCCCAUCAGACUCGUCAUUUGUAGUCUGGAUUGGACUUCACGACAAGCAAAAAGCACACCGAGUCAAGAGUGCCCGUCAGCCAAGAAGCAACUCUACUCUCAAGUACCCACCAGGAUCUGUGCGACAACAGCUUCGAGUUGUUGCAGCUGGAUCCCCCGGGGCCUGGGCAUGCAGUCACGGCCGUCAGGAACCGAGGGCCCCUUCGACGACAGCAGCCACACACCCACCCCGACCCCUCCUUCCCGACGCCGCCCUCGAGUCGACUCGAUCCCUUCCUCCUCCCACCCCCGAUCCGCCCAGCCCGACCCCAAGCGCAUCCGCUCCGGCGAGACCCCCCCGGCCACGACCAAGACCACGACAGCCUUCAGGCCCACCUCGGCCGCCUCGAUCAACACCAUGGCCGCCAGCACCAUGAGCGCCAAGGCCAUGGGCAAGAAGCCCGAGGGCGCCGCCGGGUUCCAGCCGCUGUCGGGCGCCCGCAAGAUCGUCAUCAAGAACCUGAGGACCAGCUCCCGCACCGCCGCCGACGUCGACGACUACUACAAGAAGACCUGGGACAACGUCGAGGGCGCCCUGCGGUCCAUCCUCAAGGGCGAGGUCGCCCGCGUCCCGCUCGAGAGGGUCUACCGCGGCGUCGAGGACCUGUGCCUGCGGGGCCAGGGCGACAGGCUGUUCGAGCUGCUCAAGCGCGAGUGCGAGAGGCACCUGUCCCGCGAGGUCCUGGGCCGCAUCAGGGACGGCGGCAUGGUCGUCAGCGCCGACGUGCUGCUGCGCGUGCGCGCCCAGUGGGCCGCCUUCAACAGGAACCUCGUCACCGUCCGCUCCGCCUUCAGCUACCUCGACCGCUCGUUCCUGCUGAACAAUAAGAGGUACCAGUCCAUCAACGACCUGUCGCUGUCGCUCUUCCGCAGGAUGAUCUUCAACUCGGCGCAGGCCGCCGCCGCCGACGACGACGACGACGCCGACUGCGGCAAGAAGGUCAUCAUGGGCAUGUGCUGGCUGGUGGAGCACGACCGCAGGGGCAACUCGGCCGCCGACCCGGCGCUGCUGCACGACUCCAUCAACAUGUUGAAGGUACUUGGUGUCUACGGGAGCAAGUUCGAGAGGGAGUUCCUGCGGCAGUCGGACGAGUACUUCACCGACUUUGCCGCCGAGCACAGCACUGAUGGCCUGAGGUCGUACAUAACCUCGUGCGAGAGGCUUCUGAAGAGGGAGGACUACAGGUGCAACAAAUACAACUUUGACAGCACCACAAAGGUAUUGCUACUCGAGAAGGCCCACGAGGUCCUCAUCACAAACUACAGCGAGGUGUUGCUGGACCAGGGCGAUGUGUCGAGGCUACUAGACGACAACGACAUCAGCUCAGUCAAGGCGCUGUAUUCGCUGCUGUGUCUCUCCAACAUCCCGAGAAAGCUGAAAGGACCGUGGGAGGAAUACAUCCAGCAGGCCGGCUCGAGGAUCGUUAACGACACGGAGAAGGGCGACGAGAUGGUCAUCCGGCUCCUCGAGUUCCGGCGGUCCAUGGACACCAUGAUCAGAGACGCAUUCGGCGGCGACGAGGUCUUCACAUACAGCCUCCGGGAGGCCUUCACCGUCUUCAUCAACGACAAGAAGAUAUCAUCAUCUUGGGGUACAGGCACCUCAAAGGUCGGCGAGAUGAUCGCCAAGCACAUUGACAUGUUACUGCGUGGUGGUAUCAAGGCCCUGCCCAAGACAUUAAUCUCGGACAGCAAGGACCGCAGCGAGGCAGAGAAGAGCGGCCAGGCCAGCACCGGUGACGAGGACGCAGAGCUGGACCGGCAGCUGGACGCGGCGCUCGAGCUCUUCCGCUUCAUCGAGGGCAAGGAUGUCUUCGAGGCCUUCUACAAGAAGGACCUGGCCCGGCGGCUGCUCAUGGGCCGGAGCGCCAGCCAGGACGCCGAGCGGAGCAUGCUCACCAAGCUCAAGAGCGAGUGCGGGUCCAGCUUCACCCACAACCUCGAGCAGAUGUUCAAGGACAUGGCGCUGGCCAAGGAGGAGAUGGACACCUACAAGAGCUGGCUGGACGCCAGCGGCAGGGGCCGCAAGGGCGUCGACCUCAACGUCAGCGUGCUGUCGCAGGCGGCGUGGCCCUCGUACGACGACGUCAAGCUGCUGAUACCGGAGGAGGUCGCCGAGAAGAUCGACCAGUACGACGCCUUCUACAAGAACAAGCACACGGGCCGCAAGCUCUUCUGGAAGCACAACCUGUCCCAGUGCAUGGUCAAGGGCUACUUCCCCAAGGGGACCAAGGACCUGGCCGUGAGCGCCAUGCAGGCGAGCGUGCUGGUGCUCUUCAACCAGGCGGCGCCCGACGGCGUGCUGGGCUACGAGCAGAUCUCGACGGCGACGGGCCUCACGGGCGGCGAGCUGGAGCGCACGCUGCAGUCGCUCGCGUGCGGCAAGGUCCGCGUGCUGACCAAGCACCCCAAGGGCCGCGACGUGAGCGCCACCGACACCUUCUCCUUCAACAAGGGCUUCACGCACCCGAUGGUGCGCGUCAAGAUCAACCAGAUCCAGCUCAAGGAGACGGCCGAGGAGAACCAGGAGACGCACCGCCGCGUCGCGGCCGACCGCCAGUUCGAGACGCAGGCCGCCAUCGUGCGCGUCAUGAAGAGCCGCAAGACCAUGCCGCACGCGCAGCUUGUUGCCGAGGUCAUCGGGCAGACUAAGAGCCGGGGGGCCAUGGACCCGGCUGAUAUCAAGCAGAAUAUUGAGAAGCUUAUUGAGAAGGACUACCUCGAGCGGGAGGGUAAUUCGUACACGUACUUGGCUUGAGCGUGCUGUUUUAUAGGAAGGAGGCCGUGGCUUUUUACGGCUUCUUGGUGGUUGGAACCUUGUUUUGUUUUUCCCCCUCGGAGGAGGGAUGGAUGGGUUGGAUGGAUGUAUGGAUGAAUGCAUUCGGGCGUAUCUGGUCUGCUUGAGGGGAGCAUGCACACACACACACACAUGAACACAACACACAGCGCAUCACAUACAUGUCCUUAGACAUAGAACAUGGCACUGCGGCACAGGUCCUAAUGACCUGUGCCGUUUGUAUGACUCGGUUCGAAAGGUACAGGUGAAUGUGUGACCCUGCAUUGUGACGGUACUUGCUCGUAGGAACAAUUACUGUACGUUGUAUCUGGUCCACUGCUGGGAAAGAAAAGUUGCAAUCGAGAGUUGAGCAGCGCAUGAGUUCC